AUGGACUUACAAGAACGCGCAGUAAUCGUGGGUGUUCAGCUGAAAUCAUCAACAUACUCAAAAGACCGGCUGUCUGCUCUGAACGAAGCACUGGAGAUAGUUAACGAUGAUAACUUAAUCGGGGGAACAGAAUUUCUUGACCCUUUAAUAUUUAUACUGCAGAACACACCUGGAGCAUGCGCAGACGAAGUGUUCAAAAUUCUCAGCAGAAUAUUCACGGGGAAGAAUGGAAGAGAGUUUACAAAUAUUUUUGUGAAUAAAAUAGGAGCGAGUUUCAUAAUAAAUACAGUGCUGGAGACAGAAGAGAUAAAGAUAAGCGAAGAAGUAAAGGAUGUGGUGUUCAUAGUAAUUAAACACAACAAAACCCUGAUCAUAGAAGAGCUUCUCCGAAUGAACAAACACAGCGCACUCAUUGACGAGUCGCUAAAGGGAAGAGAGACUCUCAUAGAAAUGCUCGUAGAGCUCGGAAGAGAUUCGAACACGUUCAGAAAAAUACUUAUUUUCAACGAGUUUAUCGACGGGCUGAUGAAGCUGUCGUGCGAUAAAAGCAGAUCAAUUGCAAGGUGCAGCAUAAAAUCGCUUGCUGAGCUAAUGAACAGCGACAUCUCUGUAGUAAACUACUUUUUCGAAAUGCGCUGGAAAGAGUGGAUGGUGUAUGUGCUGAAAACACACCCAGAGCACGGGCUUAAGGUGGCCUACGCAUUUUCAGAGUAUCCAAAGUACAGAACUUUCUUAUCUACCUUUUCAAACACGCUUUUUGAAAUCAAAGACAUUGCAUCGCUAUUUCUCCUUUCCUACACAGAAACAGCGCACACACCAGAGCUUGCAGAGCUAGUCAAGUCAGCAUCAACGACAACAUGUCCGUGCAAGCUGAAUUUUGUCCUUGGAUCGUAUGCUAACAUAGCAGCCACAGGAAAGGUCGCAGAAAAAGAGGUGGGAUCAAUCGAGUUUUUUGGAGUCAUAUCAAACUUUUCUGUGGAAAUCGAUGAUCUGGAGAUUACCACAUUUCUGGCUUCAUUUUCGUCUCUUCAGACCAUGCCCGUCAAUGAGUCCCUGCUUUUCCUCAAGACAGGCAUUGCCAUUGCGCUCAGAAAAGAGUCUGAGAUAAUAUUCCUGCCAGAGGUGCUUCUGUCUCUGCGAGAGUAUCUGCAAAAUGACUCAUUGCUUGCAGACACGAGAGUGCUUAUAUCAUUUUGGCUGUUUUUAGGGUAUAUUUAUCACAAGGACAAGCCGUCUUUUCUCGAUUCUAUUUUCAACAAUUUUCAUGAGAGUGUUCUUCCCCUUUCUCUUCGAUUCCUCACUUCUCUGACACACCCAGCAUACAAUCUGCAGUGCCAGGAGGGAGAGUGCACACGAUGCUACUUCCUGCAGCUGACAACGCCUGAUGUCAUUCCGCACUCUAUCGCGCUGCUAACCCAGCUGCUAUGGGUGCCUAGCUCGCUCCAUUCUCUGAUAUUUUCUAAGUUUUCCAUGUUUUUCAGGGAUCCUCAGGUCCCGCCUCCCCCAGAGAUUAAAACGCCUCCUGCACAGACAGACAGCGAGCCCACGCCAGCUGCUGAAGUAACACCAGCACCAAAUACUCCCCCCUCCCCCACUAAAUCGCCAACCACAGGAAUAUUUGACCUGUAA